UAACCAAGAGUCCAAGACCCUAUUUUCCCAUUAUAUCUAUAUAAAAAAGCUAGCUGCACCACUACCUUCUAUUUAUCCAGAACUUGGUCCAAAAAGCUCAACCUGCUCCAUAAUUCUAUCCAAGAAAAUUGAGCUCAGUAAACCCUCUUAUCUCUUUAAGCAUGUUAGAAGGCAAGGCCGUGAUUGUUGAGACUGAUAUGCUUCAAAACAUGCAGCAGAAUGCAGUUGACUUGGCAUCAAAAGCCCUAGAUUUCUUCGAUGUAACCGAAGCCACUGAGAUAGGCCGCUUCAUUAAGAAGGAUUUUGACAGUACGUAUGGACCUGGAUGGCAGUGUAUUGUAGGAACAGAUUUUGGUUCGUUUGUUACGCAUUGUCACGGUUGUUUUAUCUACUUUUGCAUUGGCAGCCUAGCAGUUUUACUCUUCAAGGGAUCUGCAGGUCCAGAUCAAACUCAGGCAAACCACUGUUCUCCCCUAGAGGCAGUAAAAGCAUGAUGUUGGAAGUUCCUUAACUAAUAUUUUUCUACAAUUUCUUGUAUUCUAUCUGCUCUUGUAGUGUAGACUAUAAGUAUGAAACUGAAGAAAAUAUCUCUGGGUUGAACUUCCAGAUUCACCCAUCCUGUCAAAUAUAAUUCAAUUUUUCAUGUUUCAAAGCAAUGCAUAACAGUUUGUGACAGCCA